UUGAGGGUUCCCCCGUUUGAAGUUAAUAAUGAUUGCAAAUAUUUCACUGUACCUGAUGAGCACCGCAGUGAGGGUGUUGAGAAUGCUGACUUUGUGCUCUACGUGGCAGCCGGUACCAGAGACCCGUUUGGUGUUACUUGUGCCGUGGAAAAUUCAACGGGUCGUCCAAUCGUUGGAGCAAUGAAUUACGUUCCCCAAUUACAGGAUGGCAUUCGGUUUGAUGUUCGCCGUGUUGCACGCGAGAUUGCACACGCACUGGGAUUCAGUUUUGUAGAGAUGGAGAAGAAAGGCAUUGUGACCGAAGUGGAGCUCCGUGGCGAGAAACGUAAGGUGGUGAGCUCCACAAAGACAGUGGAAAAAGCACAAAAACACUACAAUUGUUCUAAUUUGAAGGGAAUGGAACUAGAGGUUUACAGUUACGGUACACAAUAUCACUGGGCAAGGCGCAUUGCGAAGGAUGAGUUGAUGGCCCUGUCGUACUUCAAUAACGGCGGUUAUUACACAGCACUCACAAUGGCAUUAUUUGAGGAUCUGCAGUACUACAAGGCAAACUGGGGAAUGGAGGAACAAAUGAGCUGGGGGAAUCAGAGUGGAUGUGACUUUCUUCAGGAAAGGUGCAUGGAGAAGAAUAAUAAAGUACGGUAUCCCGAAUAUUUCUGUAAUGAAACGAUUUUUCGAUGCACGUCAGACCGCAUUGCGUAUUCUUCUUGCCAUGUACCAUCCAGUAUGUAUCUUGAGAAUAAAGACAUUUGUCGAGUAACUGAGAAUUAUGGUUCUGUUGAUGUUGAUAACAAAACUGUAUAUCUGCCGCUUGCUCUUUGUACUGAUAAUAAGACUGAUACCGUUAAACUCCCUGGAUCAAUUAUGGGACCUGAUUCAUGGUGUCUGGAUGCUGAACUGACAGUUAAGGGCGACGCUGCUAGUGCAAUUUUGAACCAGAAUGGUGUGUGUGCACGGGUGUUGUGUGACUAUGAGAAGCGAACAGUUAAGGUGCAGUACAAGGGUAGCAACACAUUUACAGAAUGUUCCGAAGGUUCCUCAAUCGAUGUCAAAUCUUCUGUGUUCGAAAGCGGUAAGAUCAAGUGCCCCAAGUACGAUGAGGUGUGUACCAUCGCAUACAACGGCAGCAGUCAUGUUCCAUUUGUUGUUAAUCGACCUCCAGCAGCAACGGCAGAAGAAUCCGCAUCAUUUGGGGACACAUCUGUGCAGGGAGAUCAGGGAAAUAACGGUACCACUAUUAAUUCACGCAGCAGAAGGGAUACUACUGCUGUUACUUCUUCCACAACUUCCAAUAACACUCAGGCUGCUGCCGCUGCAGGUGUGACCUCACCAAGUGGAGAAGAGAAUGCAAACACCAAUGCGCUGUCACAAUAUCCAGGG